AUGUCAUGGUCUGCUUGCACAGAAUCAUCUACGAUUACAGAAUCCGAACAGCACGAACAGCGGAUUGAGAAAAAUAAAACCGUGCUGAUUGCCACCAACAUCUUGAUUGUCUUGGCCACUUCGUUUCAUCUCGGUUUUAAGGUCGGUUUUUGAGUGUAAUAUUAGGUUUUAGCUUGAGUUUUGGGUGUUUGAAAGGAGGUAGAGUCAUAGUUUAUUAAAAAGAAAUGACUUCAAGGUUUAUAAUUGUAAAUUCAUCAAUAAUUCAUAUUGUUUUAGUUGAUCUACGCCGAUUUCAUUGGGGAAGGAGACGUUUUUCUGGCUACAGAAGACUUCAACAACUUAACCGAUGCUGAAUUAAUAAAACAUCAUUUUACUCGCUUCGAAUCGCCUUUAUAUACUAACCUAGCAUGCAUGUUUGGAGCCGCAAUCGUGGUCGUCUGGUCGAAACAGUUCAGUCAAUAUUCACCUAGAUAUUGUCUUAUAUUCGCAAUAUUGGCUUCGUUGGUUGGAGCUCCAUUUACGGCCGGUUGUUUCAUUUGGAAACAGCAUUGGAUGCAGACUUUGGGGCUUUGUUUGUCAGAUAUUGCUUUAGUUGUGGCCGUUUGUUUUCAAGUUUGUUUGGUUCAGGACAUUAGCAACACGAAAAUGAAGAAAAAGUUUACUUUUUUUACUGGUAAGUUGGCUGUUUUGUUUAAUUUUGUUGUAAAAAGUUGGUUGAAGACUAUUUCGAGCUAUUUUUUAUAAAGUUACAUUAUAAUCUUCUCUCAAAGUCUGGCUAGUUUUGAGAAAUUUAAAAUUUUCGAAUAUUUUUAGGCAUUGCGUUUGCCCUAGGCACUUUUGCGGCCUGUUGUUUGUGUCUGUGCACCUUUACCUACCCAAGUCUACGUCUGUUUGUUUACCUGGCACUUUUCUCGUUCAUUCUGCCAGCUAUCAUCUUCAUCUUCAAGAUACCAGAUCCAAUAUUUCACUUGUUUGAAGAAGAUUCGAAUAGUUGUGUCAUGGAAAUCCUAAAUGACUCUAAUACACUAGAGAACACAAAGUUACAAGAAGCAUUGGAAUUCUAUCAUAAUGGGAAGUUGACUACGGAAGAAAGCAAAUUGAUCUAUACUAGAUCGGUGGCUAAGGUAAGGAAUGGCAUUUGUUAGGUUCUACUUUGAUAUAAGGUUGUUCAAAUAAUUAUGUGCCUCUCUCAAAGCUAAUUUUUGAGGUCAGGAGGCACAGAAUUAUUUGAAUUAAUAGUUUUUGAAAUUGUUUUUUAAACUCAAUAAAAAACGUUUUUAAGGUUUUACAUUAGUAUUAUUUACUAUGGCCAAAAACAUAAGCUUGUUAUUCAUUAGAUGUUUUUUGCCUUAAAAAGUUGUUUUUCAUUCUUUAUGUUUUAAGAAUGCACUUUAAUAUCGUCUGUUUUAAUUUUUGCUUUGAAAAGUUCAAAUUCGUGGCCAGAUCAAAGGGACCAAGUUUUUAAAAAUAGAAUUUUAUAAACGACCUUUUUAAAAAGCAAAAAAAGGUUUUUUAUAUUUAUUAAUUUUACUGUAGAAUGAUGAUCUUUGGACAAAAAAUGAGAUAACACAGUAAGACAUGGUAUAAUAUAAUAUAGAUCAAUGUUACAAAAAUAUGUUGAAUUUUAAAAGGUGUAAGGUCGCUUUUUUAAUUUUUUAUGUUAAUUUUUCUUAUUUAAGUAUUUUAGGUUGUUCAAAUAAUUAUGUGCUCCUUAACUUUGAAUUUUGCUUUGAGAGGGAGUACAGGAUUAUUUGAAAAUCGUAAUAGUUUUUAAAAAAUUAAUUUAGUGUCCAUACGACGGUCUUCUGCAUGUUUGGAUCGAUAGAAAUGGCUGUACGGUAGCCAUUAUAGCAAUUGUCACUAAUAUGAUGGGAGCUGUCUGUGAUCAUUUGUUUUCCUUGCGCUGGUACAUUCAUCAUGUUUACAAGGUAGGUUUUUUACUUUUAGUUUUUACAUUUUUGGUUACUUAAAGCUCGUCUGGAAGCUCCUACUACUGCUAUGAUAAAGGUUGACGUUUUACAUUAUAUUGAGUGGUUUAUUGUUUACUGUAACAUUUUUAAUUAAUAGGCGAAAACAUUUGGAGGAUUUUAAGGAUAUGAAAUUUCAGGACAAUGAAAACCUUACCAUAAUCUUUACGUUGACUUUUGCUUUUCUUCUCGGCACACUAUUGAGCAUUCCGAUUUCGUUCGUUUGCUCCAGGAGAUAUGUCUUUUUGGUAAGGUAGUCAAUAUUAUUUGUUGCUGUGGUAUUUAAGACUAUCAUAUUGACUUUUUUCAUUUUUUUUACAUACAGUAAAAUCUCUUUAGUGUAACCCUCCAUAGUAUGGCAUUCUCUUUUUAAUGACAGCUUAGUAGCACUCUUUGUAAUAGAAUUCUUAUUAAACAUCACCUGGAUAGUGUGACUGUCUGAGUAGAAGUAUAGGUUUUGACUAGCCUUUUGAGUAUACUAAAGAGGUUUGACUGUAUUACUCUAGCUGGCUUGUAAAAGUUUGAUUAUAUAUUGAGAUUGUUAUAUAGGUUCUUUGCAAUUUUUCAGACAGCCAGUAUGUUGUUGUUCUUUUGCGAGGUAUGUCACGGUUUGAUGCAUUGUACGGUGUUUGGAGAGAUAUUUCAUCGUAAGUUUUUUUACUUUUUAAAUUAUGAUUAACUAAUGUUUCGAUAGCAAAUAUUUUUAUUGCGUAAAAAGUAAUGAGCUACUGAGCUCUGUAUCAGCUUUGAGAAAUAGCUCGUUACUUUUUAUACAAUUUAAUAUUAAAUUUUUCAAAUAAUUCUGUGCUUCUUCUCAAAGCAAAUUUUUGGGCUUUGAGGACACAGAAUUAUCUGAACAACUUAAAAUAAUAAAUAGUAUGAAAAUGUAGCUUUAUCAUCAAGUAGGUAUAAAGAAAAAUAUGAUUUUAGCCGAACAUGGAAGCCUAAUUGGAAUGUUUUUUCGAAUUUUACAAACAAUCGCCUCUGGUGCAACGUUUAGUACACAUGCAUGGACAAUCGGAGCUGAGCUGGCGCCAAGGAAUAUUCAGCUUAUGAUCACUGGUGCUGGAAUCUUUGUUCGCUUUUUCUUUGCCGAACUGUUUACUAUCACUCAUGUGGCUUUUAGGGUGAGUUUUCGAUGUUAAUGUAGGCAAAAGAAAGGAUUGUUUAACGCUGCACGGGGCUUACUUCAAAAAAGUUUGAGAAAUUCUAAAAUUUUUAAAAAUAAUUUUAAUUUUUACGACGUAAUAACUUUGCGCGUGACAUUGAUAUCCAUUUAAUCAAGGUUAUAUAGCCAUUUCAGGAAUACGAAACCUAUGCUCUAGCCCCGAUGAUAUGCAUAGUAACAGCUUUGGGAAUAACAUUGAUUUCUAUGUAUAUGCCUCAAGGCAACGGCUUCUUCAACAUGUACUCGUGGUGGAUCAACAUUGCCGAGGACGCGCAUGCUCAGACCUAUUUCAACAAAAACAAAUACAAACUGUAUACCAACUACAAUUACAACCUCGACGACCUCAAAAGCUGCAAAGAGAAACUGACACUAGCAGUGGAUAAGAACAACAAGGACGAACAGCAGCUUUCCGUGCUGAGUAGUGAAAACAAGAUGAGUUAA